GAGAAGAGAACCACAUCACCCUCAGAGGAAGGAGGAACCACACCCUCUCCCUCCCCACACCCCCCCAGCUGACGGAGCCCUCCUAUUGGUGGAGGCAGGUAGACAAGUAUCAGCUGCUGCCUCUUUUGCCCUCAUCUUGUCCACAAGACCGCAGAGAGAAGAACUCCCGACUCCGGUCCCGAAGGGCAGAACGCGCUGAGACGGGGACGAGCAUCAUGUCACGCUGGGGGCGCAAGAACGUGAAGAAGGCGCCGGAGGUGAUCCGCACCGUCACCGAGGGCCUCAAGUCCUUGUACCGCAAGAAGCUCCUCCCCCUGGAGCAGUACUACGGCUUCCACGACUUCCACUCGCUGAGCAUGGAGGACGCCGACUUCGAUAACAAGCCCAUGGUCCUGGUGGUGGGCCAGUACUCCACCGGGAAAACCACCUUCAUCAAGUAUCUGCUGGAGCAGGAGAUCCCUGGGAGCCGGGUGGGACCCGAGCCCACCACCGACUGCUUCACCGCCAUCAUGCACGGCGAGGUGGAGAGCGUCAUCCCCGGGAACGCCCUUAUCGUGGACCCCAAGAAGCCCUUCCGGAAGCUCAACCCCUUCGGGAACACCUUCCUCAACAGGUUCCAGUGUGCCCAGAUGUCCAACCAGGUCCUGGAGAGCAUCAGCAUCAUCGACACGCCCGGCAUCUUGUCGGGCGCCAAGCAGAGAGUCAGCAGAGGCUACGACUUCCCGGCCGUGCUGCGUUGGUUCGCCGAGCGCGUGGACCGCAUCAUCCUGCUCUUUGACGCCCACAAGCUGGAGAUCUCUGACGAGUUUGCGGAGGCCAUCGGGGCGCUGAAGGGGAACGAGGACAAGCUGCGGGUGGUCCUCAACAAGGCCGACAUGGUGGGCACCCAGCAGCUCAUGAGAGUCUACGGCGCGCUCAUGUGGUCCCUGGGGAAAGUCUUCGGCACCCCGGAGGUCCUGAGGGUCUACAUUGGCUCCUUCUGGUCCGAGCCCCUGAUGGUGUCGGACAACCGCAAGCUGUUUGAGCUGGAGGAGGAGGAUCUCUUCGCUGACAUCCAGAACCUUCCCAGGAACGCGGCUCUGCGUAAGCUCAACGACCUGGUGAAGAGAGCGCGCCUGGUCCGGGUGGGUCUUGUUUUUUUGUGUGGGAGGAACGUCCGGAUAAGCAGACCCAGGAAUUCUUUCUCUCUCUCACUUCAGGUGCACGCUCACAUCAUCAGCUACCUGAAGCAGGAGAUGCCCUCCGUCUUCCGGAAGGACAACAAGAAGAAGAACCUCAUCUACCAGCUGCCCGUCAUCUUCUCCAAGAUACAACUGCAGCACAACAUCUCUGCUGGAGACUUCCCCGACUGCGCCAAGAUGCAGGAACAACUGAUGGUGCACGACUUCACCAAGUUCAAAACCCUCAAGCCCAACCUGAUGGCAGCUUUGGACGAGCUGCUGUCGGUGGACAUCGCCAAGCUGAUGCCCCUCCUGCGCCAGGAGGAGCUGGAGGCGGGCGAUCAGCCCGGUGUACAGGGCGGGGCCUUCCUGGGCACGCGUUGCGGCCCCUUCGGCGAGGGCGAACACUUUGGCGAGGAGGAUGGCGAGGGCUGCGAGGAGGAGGAGAUGUGGGUGGUGACCAAGGACAAGCCCAAGUAUGACGAGAUCUUCUACAACCUGGCGCCCAACGAGGGCAAGCUGAGCGGCACCAAGGCCAAGGACUGGAUGGUCAGCUCCCGCCUGCCCAACUCCGUGCUGGGUCGCAUCUGGAAGCUGUCCGACGUGGACCGAGACGGCAUGCUGGACGAGGAUGAGUUUGCCUUGGCCAGUCACCUGAUCGAGGUCAAGCUGGAGGGUCACGGUCUCCCCCCCGAGCUGCCCAGCCGCCUGGUCCCGCCCUCCAAGCGCAGGCAGGCGGGCUCGGACGCGUGAACCGCCGCCUCGUCCCACUUCCACCCUUUCCUGUUUGCUCCACGCACCAAAUAGUCGGAGGAGGUCCUCGGCGGCAGUCAUGAGGUUAGCACCUUGGAGCGUCCCGGACCAAAGUCUUAAGUCACAUGGGGUCUGCCCGCUUCAGCUUUUCCCUCUGGACACUACAUUAGGCACACCACUACUUUUGUUUGGGAAUGAACACACAACUCAGGUUGUCUUCAACGACAACUUCUCUUUAAAGGUUCAUCUGAACCACCCGUUCUUUGUCUGGAAAUGUUCCCAGUUGUAUCGCUUUUGUCGUAGCAGACUACUUCCUGCUUCAUGAUCCCAAAUGUAACGUUUGUGUCGUAGCAGACUACUUCCUGCUUCAUGUUCCCAAAUGUAACGUUUGUGUCGUAGCAGACUACUUCCUGCUUCGAAUCCCAAAAUAUAAAGUUUGCAUCGUAGCAGACUACUUUCUGGUUCAAGUUCCCAGUUGUAUCACUUUUGUCGUAGCAGACUACUUUCUGCUUCAUGUUCCCAGUUGUAUCGCUUUUGUCGUAGCAGACUACUUUCUGCUUCAUGUUCCCAGUUGUAUCGCUUUUGUCGUAGCAGACUUCUUUCUGCUUCAUGUUCCCAAAUGUAACGUUUGUGUAGUAGCAGACUACUUCCUGCUUCAUGUUCCCAAAUGUAGCGUUUGUGUCAUAGCAGACUACUUCCUGGUUCAAGUUCCCAAAUGUAACGUUUGUGUCAUAGCAGACUACUUCCUGCUUCAAAUUCCCAAAUUUAAAUUUUGUGUCGUAGCAGACUACAUCCUGCUUCAAGUUCCCAAAUGUAGCGUUUGUGUCGUAGCAGACUACUUCCUGGUUCAAGUUCCCAAAUGUAAAAUUUGUGUCGUAGCAGACUACGUCCUGGUUCAUGGUCCCAGAUAUGUCGUUUGUGUCAUGCAGACUACUUCCUGGUUCAAGUUCCCAAAUGUAACUUGUGUGUCGUAGCAGACUACUUCCCGCUUCAAAUCCCCAAAUUUAAAGUUUGCGUCGUAGCAGACUACUUCCUGCUUCAAGUUCCCAAAUGUAGUGUUUCAGUCGUAGCAGACUACUUCCUGGUUCAAGUUCCCAAGUGCAACAUUUGUGUUGCAGCCGACUACUUCCUGGUUCAUGUUCACAGAUAAAUCGUUUGUGUAAUGCAGACUACUUCUUGGUUCAAAUUCUCAGAUGUAAUAUUUGUGUCGUAGCGGACUACUUCCUGGAUCAAGUUCCCAGAUGUAACGUUUGUGUAGUGCAGACUACUUCCGGGUUCAAGUUCCUAAAUAUAACGUUUGUGUCGUAGCAGACUACUUCCUGCUUCAAAUUCCCAAAUAUAACGUUUGUGUCGUAGCAGACUACUUCCUGGUUCACUGACGACAUCAAAGAAUGUAGUAAUGACUAGAUGGUGUACCUAAUGAAGUGUCCAGCCAGCCUAUACACUCCCUGUCUGCCGUUAUUUAUCAUAUCAAAGCUGUGUAUGAAAGCCAUAGUCAGUGUUUAGCAUUAGCAUCCGCUCAUUAGCAUAUCCUUCAUCGCCGCUUCACGCCUCACACUUUACGUCUGCUUCUGUUUCUACGAUUGUAACAAAGCCCCAGCAAAAAGCAGACUACUACUACUGUGCACAGCGCCACCACCUGUCCUCACGUCAGCAAUAAAGUGACCUGGACACUGUGA